GUUUGGACAGGGGACACUUUGGCCCUGCGGCGGGGAAGGCCUUGAGCCCGCUGAGGGCGCGGGUGCCACAUGAGGGUGAGAAGCCGAGAUCCGGGGUGACUGACGCGGGCUCGGGAGGUUUGGCGCCGAGAGCCCCAUUCUGACUCGCAGGCAGUGAGGUCGAGGCACCUGCAGAGACACAGCGUUGGUUCGUCGCCCAUCCAACUACUUUGAGCACAUCCUGUGCGCCAGGCACCGUUCUCGAAGCUGGGAAUAUCGAUGACCGAGAUAGGCAAGAGAUGGGUAUUCUGUGAUUGCCCAGGGAUGACAUGCAGUUCCCAGACACCAGCCAAGGACCAACCUUGCAAGCAGGCCUUUCUAAGGGGAGCAGGCUCAGGCCUGCUUUGUGAACUCUUGUCUGCACAUAUACAUUAUGUGGAUUAUCUUUCCAUGGCUUUUUAAAAGCAACCUUUUUGAGGAUUAUCUCUGACUCACUGCACUGGUGUUUGUUAAAAUGUCACAAAUGGGCAUGCAUUUCUGAUUGAAGCUGUUUGUUCUGGAAGCAUUGCUGAUUUUUAUGGAAGAUUUGAAACAGGACACUAAGACUUAGUAUCUGCAGAAGCCUUUUACCCAUCUCACUUGGGCUAUGGGGACAACAUGUCUUCACCGAGGAACUUUAGAGCAGAUGCUGUGAAGGAUUACAAGAGAGAUGACUCUGUUACAGAAGACCUGGAUUUCAGGGAGACUUUGCCUUCAUCAAGUCAGAAAAAGAAAUCAAAGGUUUUGGGAAAUGAAGCUAACUCAAAGAAGGUAAAAAAACUCUCUCUUCAGAAAAUCCCACAUGAUAACUAUGAGUAUUCUUCUGAAGAGGCUUCAGAAAGUGAGAGUGAUCACAGUGUGUGGACUCCUCAUGGCUCCCUAGGAAGAGACAGGUGGAGCAGUGAGUAUGGUGGUUCUGCAGGACCAUCUCAGACUGUCUCCCCUCUGCUUUCUGAUAUACACAAAAUUGUUACUGAAGGGGAGCUUAAUCAGUUGGCUCAGAUUCGACCAUUAAUAUUCAAUUUUCAUGAGCAAUCAGCCAUCAAGGAUUGUUUGAAAAUGCUUGAGAAAAAAGUAGCAGAAUAUGAUAUCAUCCAGGAGUUUAUGGAUUUAGAAUUUAAGAAUCUGCCUGGUGAGUUCAUCUUUGGGAAUCAACCAAGCAACAGAGAGAAAAACCGAUACCGAGAUAUUCUUCCAUGGAGAGUAUGUAUAAUUACAUUGAAGAAUACUUCUAAAAUUAAGCUCACAGUUUUGCUGGCUGGAAGGUUCAAGAUUGGGCAUCUGGUGAGGGACUGGGGCUGUUUUCACUCAUGGCAAGACAAAGAUGAUUCAACACGCGUUCCUCUUGGAAAAGGCAAGGACUACAUCAAUGCUAGCUAUAUUAGAAUAGUCAAUUAUGAAGAAGAGUAUUUUUAUAUUGCUUCCCAAGGACCACUGCCAGGCACCGUAGAUGACUUUUGGCAAAUGGUUUUGGAAAAUAAUUCUAAUAUCAUUGCCAUGAUAACCAGAGAGAUAGAAAGUGGAAUUAUGAAAUGCUACCAUUACUGGCCUACUUCUCUGAAGAAGCCUUUGGAAUUGAAAUGCCUCCGUAUCUUCCUGGAGAACUACCAGAUACUUCAGUAUUUCACCGUUCGAAUGUUUCAGAUUGUGGAGAAGUCUACAGGAACUAGUCACUUUGUGAAACACUUGCAGUUCACCAAGUGGCCAGACCAUGGCACUCCUGCCUCAGCAGAUGGUUUCAUAAAAUACGCUCGUUACGUGAGGAAGAGCCACCUUACAGGACCCAUGGUUGUUCACUGCAGUGCUGGCGUAGGCCGGACAGGGGUGUUCAUAUGUGUGGAUGUCGUGUUCUGUGCCAUCGAAAAGAACUACUCAUUUGACAUUAUGAAUAUAGCAACCCAAAUGAGAGAGCAGCGUCCUGGCAUGAUUCAAACACAGGAGCAGUAUCACUUUUGUUAUGAAAUCGUGCUUAAAGUUCUUCAGAAACUUCUGACUUUGGACUAAGAAAGCCUUCUGCUGCUUCUCACUUGAAAUUACCCCGUGGCUUUGAGCCUCUUCAUAAAGAAUGGGUUGGAGCUGUGCUGAAGGGCUUUGUUAUGCAUACAGUCUGCUUUCUUGGCGUAAAAACUCCCUGGAGGCAGCAUCAUUUGGUUUGGGGUGAGCAAUGUUUACUCAUUCAUCUUAUUAGACAAUAUCAAAAUACCCUCCCAUGUUUUCCAGUGAAGCAAAAGCUACAUAAAGCAACUGCAGUUUUGCUGUUUGGUUGAAGGGAUUACAGAGCCCAAUAAAGGACUGAAACUAUGUUCAUUAAGAUUUUAUUUGGAAAGGCAAAGAGUCCAGUUAGAAUGUAUUAACUUUCAACACAAACUGGCGUCGGUUUUCCGGUUUUCCUCUCCCUCACACUCCUGCGGGGCGGAGACCUCGGAGGACCUGCCUUCCUUCCUAGAGCAGCAAGGCUAGGAAGAGCCGGUCUGGGAGGCAUCGCAGGGGUGGGCAGGGCUCCUCCUCUGCAUCACAUGAGCACACUGGCAACAGCCCAAAACUAAAAUAGAUGUUGAUAUAGAAAGUCCGAGAGGAAAUUUUUGCCUAGCCUGAGUUUUUCCUAACCCACCCUAACACUUAACAUAUUACUCAGUUUGCUUUGUUAAAAGCAAAUAUUACACUUUACUUGCCUCUUACUCUUUGCCUUUUAGCUAACCAAUAAACUUUGAUAUAAACAUUA